AUGUUGCCUUGGUUUCUCAAAGGAACCUACGCCAUCUACAAGGAAGACACGGAUUCUGUGGCUUCAUGGCUGGCAUCUACUGCGAGAAGAUGCGGAUACUCACUCAAUCUACUAGAUAAAGCAGCAGGACAUGUAUCUGGCCAGAAAAAGAAUGGCAGGGCUCUGAACCCUGUUGAUACACUGACCACCAAGGACAAUCGAUCCGAUCCCACUCCAGCAGGACCAGUAACCUACACGAUCGCUAUCAAAGACUUCGUCUCUCUGGCCGAACACAUCGUCGCCUUCCAGAAACCACCCGUCAAAGUUCCGACCGCCUUUGUCAAAGCUCUGGACCGCGCCAUCGCACUCCGUAAAAAGCACAACUCCUGGUUCAACGAUGCUGGUCAAUCAUCAAAGACCGAUGGACACGCAUUAUUCCUCGAUACACUCGAACGAGUCCGCCAGACAUUGAAAUCUCGGAUGCCCUCUGACACUAUUGACUAUCGCAUCACCAAACCUUCUUCAUCCCCGACACCCGAGAGCUCUGACAGAAGCCACAUUGGAAACAUAUUUGAAGGUUUGACUUUGGAAGAGCCCAGUGACGAGUUUCUCAGUGCUCCACCUCCUGCAGACGCUCAGAGGCUUCCUGCCGAGGUUGAUACUGGCUCCCAUUAUGAGGCUGAGCGAGUCCAGAAGAUCGAGGAGCAAUACCUUGCUGCUCACUGUCUGUCGGCCGACAUCAGCUCCAUCAGAGAACACAUAAAGUCACUUUGGACCAUGUAUCGCGAUGGAAAGAUGAACCUGCACUCGGUUUCAAUCACCACAAACACCGCUGUUGAGCUCGUCAGACGCAUGCAAGAAGACUACGAUGCAAACUUCCCAGAUCACUCGGACUUCGAAGGUCUCAUCCACACUUUCUACAUUGCUCAAUGUGCCAUUCAGGGUCAAGAUCCCGAUCAAAGGCAACGCUCUGGCGUUUUGAUUAACAUGGCAGUAUAUGACCUGGCUGACCAUAUUCUCUUGCCAACCUACAUUAUCAUGGGCUCUCUGACCAACGUGGUUGGACCUAAUGAGAUUCCACUCUACAAGCCUGGCCAUUUUGGGUUCCGUGAUCUGUCUACUGAGUGGUCACAGAAGUCGCCGCACGACAAAUUCCAGGAUGACAAAAUUGUACUGUUUGAAGCGUUCUCCGGAUUCUCUGCUAUAGCAAAGAUAGGAUGCUUCGUUGAAGACGAGUUGAUCAGAGGUGUUCGAGAGAUGACGCCAGGCAAGAAGGUUCCGCUUUGGCUCGCUUUCGCUGUUCAAAACUUUCUUGAUGUUCAACACGUCAUGGGUUCUCAGGCUUCUCGAGCACUUCUUGAACUACAGACUACUGCCAGCCAUAUCGAUGCAUCCCUCAGACAAAACGCCAAAUUCCACGAGAAGCUGCGCGUCGACACUUGGGGUGCUAACGACGACCAAAUCAAGCAAGAUCAUGUGAAGAAGAUCAUCGAGAAAUCUCUUCGACGCAAUCCACAAAUUGGCCCCCAAACGGCUGGGGAGCCUUCCAAACUUCUCAAGCAAUACCCUUCACUUUGCGGGGUCUGGCUGUUUUCUCUCAUAUACUUGAUGCAAGAAGCUGGUGUUGCUUUUUGCAAUGCUUGGGGCUCAGUCGUGUGUACAGCUCAUCUGUACAACGCUGUCAGACAAGAAAAGCUCUUGAAGAGUAUCUGGAAAGAUAUGGAGUUGGUAUUCUUACUCCAAGAUGAGGAUAAGAUGUUCGUUGGUAACCGACUCAAGAAAGCUGAAGACUACCUCAAGCGCUUUACCCUCUGUAUGGGCUAUUCGGUCACUUCCCCGGCCAAGAACACAAGACAAACUACUCAUGAAGCUUCGCCGAAAGGUCCUCUUGGUCUGGAAAACUCAUUCGAGCUGUCACAGUUGUUUGCUACACGCUACCCAUACAACGGCAAGUCAUUUUCCACCGAUUUGGAUGCUGUGGAAAGACACAUCAAGGCCCAAUUCAGCGAUCCUGAGAACUCUUUCUUUGAGGGUAAGCCCUUGACCGAUGAGGCCGCGGCGCAGUAUAACGUCACCACCAAACUCAACACCCACAGCUUCCUUGAAGGUCUGGCCAAUUCUCUGCAAUCCGAAGGCAUGCAUCUAACCUUCGACUACUUCCGUCUGCAUCGAUUCUGCUGGAUACUCCUCCGCAGGAUCAACGAUGCUUGUUCGUCCUCCUUGCGCCAUCUUUUUGGCCCCGACUACCUCGAGCAGGAGAGCCAGUUGCCGUUUAUGGUAGGCAGUCUGCUCAUGUGUGCAUUUUCUGCUGAUAAGGUAGCUAAGCAUCGGGGCGUCGAUGUUAGGAGCAAGGUAUUUGGUGAAGCUGUGGAGGCAAUGGAGACAAUGCUCGAGACUGGAGCUGGUGAGAUCUGUGCAAGAAUGAUGGAGCAAUAUUAUGGCUUUUCUGUUGAUUGGGAGGACUUUGAGCAUCUUCAGGAGGAUGAGUGA